AGGCAGCGCGCUGCUUGCCUUCAUCCAAGAUGGCACCACAACGCUUUAUUUUUCGGCUUGCAUUCAAAGAUUUGGGUUGUUUUCCUUACGGCCUUUCAAAAAACACCAGAAGACCGCGAGAUGGAGCAGGUACGCCGCUCCCACCGCCUUUUGGGGCACUUCAGCGAAAGGGAAAGGGCCGGGAGCUGGCAGUGCGGGAAAACUAGAAGUCCCAUGAUGCAGCGGGCGGCGCAGGCGCAGUGAGUGCAGAGAGGCUGCGGGCGGGGCGGUCCCGCGCUGGUGCCCGCGGCGGUGGCGGGAAGCGCGGCUGAGUUAAGCCACUCAUUCCUAUACUGGAGAAAAAAGACUUCCUCAGGUGUUGGAGCUGCAAAGUCAACUUGCUUGGGAAAGGAGGAAAAAGUAUGGUAAGCCACAGACUGUUGCUGACAGAAGGAAGAAAACUCUAACUGCUCACAGUCAACAUGCAAUUCCUACAGAUCCUGUCCAGGAAAGCGGGGAGCCUGGAAGUGCUUUUUCAAAUACCGUUUUGCCAAAAGCAAUUCCCAUAUACCUGUCUGUCUACCUCUGCAUGUGCUUAUAGCAAAAAGAAAAAAGGAAACAGUUAUGAACAAGUUGACCAAGAAAAAUACAAUAAUUUGGUCCACUCUGUUAUAUCUUACAAAACCAGUGCCCAAACACCAGAGACAAUCCUUGAGGAAGACAGCUUGUUAUAUGGGCCACCAGCUAAACACAGACCUCCAGUUAAAGCCGGGACAAAAACUCCGAAGAACUGGGUUCCUUUAAUAAACCCCAGCAAGAGAAUUCUUCCUGCCAGCAGUGAUUCCAAUGUCCCCAUGAAAAUUGGGUUACAAAGAACUAAGAUGCCCAGUGUUACCCGCAUCCUUCAACAAACCCUCUCUCCGCAGCAAGUCUUUUAUCUGGAAAGAUGGAAGCAGAAAAUGAUAGAGGAGCUUGGAAAAGAGGGAUUUGAGGAGUAUACCAAAAAUCUUUUUCUCCAAGGAGAGCUCUUCCAUUCAGCUUUGGAAUCAAUAUUCCUGUCUGAAGAGGUGUCAGCCAGGGACCAGGGUGAAGAUGGUGUUGUGGCUGGCUACUUAUCCAGUGUGGAACACGUCUUGGAAGACAUCAGCGAGGUGAAGGCUCUGGAAAGUGGAGUUCAGCAUGAGACCCUGCAGUACCUGGGCCUGGUCGACUGUGUGGCCAAGUAUCGGGGCCAAUUGUGUGUGAUUGACUGGAAAACGUCAGAGAAGCCAAAGCCAUUUCUGCAGAAUACUUAUGACAAUCCAUUACAGGUUGCGGCAUAUAUUGGAGCCAUAAAUCAUGAUGCCAAUUAUGACUUCCAGGUUCACUGUGGGCUCAUCGUGGUCGCCUACAAGAAUGGCUCUCCGGCACAUCCGCAUUUCAUGGAUCCUGACCUGUGCUCUCAGUACUGGAAUAAGUGGCUCUUGCGCCUGGAGGAGUACAUGGACAAAAACUGACCCAGACUAACCACAAACAAGUGGUCUGAGCACAGAGACAAAGGAAGAACUCUUCGUUUAAAUGUACUGCUUUUAUAUUCUUUUUUGAGUAACUUUGACUAAUUUCUUACUAGCAGGGCUCCUCUCUCUCCCCUCCCAAAAAUGCAACUAACUUUCAAAUGGGGAAUAUCUAUUUGCUUAUUUUGUAAGUGGCCUCAGUGGUCCAGACAGAACAAAAGCCGACUUAUUUAGACUGUUUUUUGUAUCCCACACAGUUUAUACAGCCUGAGAUUGAUAGAAAAGUUUCUACUAUCAAGUCAAACUGCUUGAUCAAAUCAUCUUUCUUUUGUGAUUUUUGAGGGAAAAAAAUGUUGCAGAACUGAGUCUUUGAAAAUUAAGUUGGUGAACUAAAGCAAAACAACAUGCACAAUGUAUGAGCUGAGAGAAAUGCAAAUGAUAAAGAAAUGGAUAUAGCAGAUUGGAUUUCAGUCAGUUCUUGCUCAUGCCAUCAUUAGGCUUGUUAUUUGUGGUUUUCCUUACAGCUACAACUGGACAACCUGUGCUGAGAGUUAUAAUGAAAGUCCUCAUUAGUUCUUAUUUAGAAUAGUCAAAGUCACCACUUAAGAGAACUGGUUCAGCAAGAGGGGAGCAGAAUUGGAACAACACUCACAGAAAUUUCCAGCAAGUGUUCUGAGAGGUGGGAAUGUUGGCUGCUGCUUGUGGCUCCUCCUGCAGGUUUUUUAACAGAUCUCACAGGAAAGCACUCUGAAACAGGCUCUGUGCCUUGGCUUGGGAGCUCUGUGCUGCCCCUGCCUUGAGCUCUUCUGACUCUGGUGUGGGUCUGAGCCAACAAAGGUCCCACCCCGUGGAACGAUCCCCAAUGUCAUGUGAGUGAGUUCUGUAUCAAAGCAGCCCUGUGGCUAUGAAGCUGGGCCUUCCAAUGGGUGAAGAGCUGCUGGUUGUUUUUUGGGGGAUGUUUGUUAUGGGUUUCUCUUUGUUUUUGUUUUUUUUCAAAUAAGUUUGUGAAUAAAUGUUUUGAAACAGAACUUUUACUUUUGAAGCCUAUAAAAUCAAGUCUGGAAAGCAGAGAAUAAGUGUUGAUCAUGUCAGGCAGUAUUGCUCUGGAAAGCUUUUUUCCUCAUUUUGUUUGUCUUCUAUGAAUUGUAUGUAUGAGUUUUCACAAUUACACUGCAGCUUACGAAUAAAAUUAUGACAACCCCUAAGCUUCAAGAAAAUCAGCUACAACCCCAUGCCUGAGGAAGGCUGCCAAAAAAGCCACUUUGUAAACCUAAGUCCCAGCUGAGUCUGUACCUCAGAGAGCCGGGAGGAGACAGACAGCCUUCAAAAGACAGCAUCAGUGGGACUCACUCUCAUCUGACACUUCUGAAGGCCUGGCUGCUGCCUUGGGCAUCCUUGGCUGAGCUGUGGAGCAUUUCUGUAGCAGCA